GCAACAUCAUCCUGGAUGCUAGUCGCUCCUUCUUUUUGCAACAAUUGCGCAGCUGCCGUACAAAUAGCACCCAUACCCGCGACUCAGGCCUCCCUUUUUCACUAUGACUACUUCCGCCGCCCAGGACGAAUUCAACGAGCUCCUCCGCGACAAGGACCACGAAAGCAGACACCCCGAAGACAGACUCGACGACAGUGACCUCUCUGACCCAGAAUCUGCCGGUGCCGACGACGACUACCGCGAGAAAGUUGAUACAGACGACGAGCUUGAUAUCCCUGCCGACAUGCGCUCCAACUACUACAUGCCCUCGAUCCGGUCCGAGGCCAACACUGGACCCAAGGGCGUCAUUGCAGAUGCCCAGGCCUUUGAGCAGGCGAAGAAGCAGCAACGACGCUUCACAUGGAAGAAGACAGCAUCCCCGCAGCAGUACAGCGUCGCCGCCUACCACCAGGACGACAGGUUCUCCUCCGACGAGGACAACGACGAUGGCUUCAUGAAGCGAUGGCGCGAGGCGAGACUGCUAGAGCUGACCAACGCCGGUGAGCGGAUACGGUCACGCACGAACAGCCCCAGCCGACGUGUGUAUGGCAACAUGCCCUUGGUGGACGGCGAGGGAUACCUCAAUGCCAUUGAGAAGGUGGGGUCAGAUACGACUGUUGUAGUCUUCAUAUACGAUGAUAUGUCUGAGAUCUCCAACAUGGUCGAAGAAUACAUGCUUGAAGUCGCACGCCGCAACGACACAACCCGCUUUGUCAAAUUCCAUUACGCAGACGCCGAAAUGGACCUCAUGGGCGUACCCGCCGUGCUCGCCUACAAGGGAGGCGAGAAGUUCGCCGGCCUGGUACCUUUGGUCGACGAACUGCCCGCAGACUCCGAGCUGAGUGCGGUGAGCCUCGAAACGUGCUUCAGGCAACACCGCAUCCUGUGAAUAUGACGUACCAAUCGUGUCCAUAUAAUAAUAUCUUAGCCGCUUGGCCCACACCCGCUUUGUCCAGCAUAGAUGAAAUGAAGGCCCGUCACCAUCGGCCCUCAUAUCAACAUACUGACAUGCAUGCACACCCGCUUCGGCCCUUUCGGCCCACACGUCAUACAUGCAUGCCAUGCCCUCUACAUUAAUCGGCGGCAUGUCCCCGUAUUUACACACGCCCCCACCGAUCCACACCACAUGAUAUACGUUUUUGACCUUUUUCGGCGCAUUUUCUAGACCGGGGCAUCUCAGGAGGGAAGGGAGGGUUCGUGCUUUUCACCGCAUUGGAUUGUGGGCUUAUGUCGGGCGUUUAUCAUGAUUGAGAACUUGGGUAGAUGGUUGGCGUUUGUGGGAACUUUGAAUCUGGGGAUCUUGGCUUGGUGGUGUCGUGUCGUGUCGUGUCGUGUCGUGU